AAUAUACACGAGGGCGCCAAACACAUUUCCCAACUCACCAAGCACCACGCCAUUUCUUAAUCGCAGCGCCUAAACCCAGCCCUCUUAAUUAUAUCGCUACUGUGUUAGUACAACCAGUGCGGUAACAAGCUUAAAACGCACUACCAUGGCCACGGUGCCGGAUGGCGGUGUGUUGCAUUUGCACCCCUAUGCCGUCGCCACGGCCGCGGUGGCAUUGGCUUCGGCGUACAUGGUGUGGUUCUGGGCGCUGUCACGGCGACUGUCCGGGCCGCGAAUGUGGCCGCUCGUCGGCAGCCUUCCCAGCGUCGUGCUCAACCGGGCGCGGGUGCACGACUGGAUCGUCGACAACCUGCGCGCUACGGGCGAAGCAGCCACGUACCAGACGUGCAUCCUGCCGUUGCCACUCUUGGCGCGGCGCCAGGGGCUGGUGACUGUCACGUGCAACCCGCGGAACCUGGAGCACAUCCUGCGCACGCGCUUCGACAACUACCCCAAGGGCCCCAUGUGGCAGGCGGCGUUCCACGACCUCCUCGGCCAGGGCAUCUUCAACUCCGACGGCGAGACGUGGCUGCUCCAGCGCAAGACGGCGGCGCUCGAGUUUACCACACGGACAUUGCGCCAGGCGAUGGCACGUUGGGCCAACCGCAUAAUCAAGUACCGUCUGUGGAGUAUCCUCGCAGACCACUGUGAAGCCGCAGCAAGCGUUGACCUCCAAGACCUGCUCCUGCGUCUCACCUUCGACAACAUUUGCGGCCUCACCUUCGGCAAGGACCCCGAGACGUUGUCCCCGGGGUUGCAGGAGAACCCCUUCGCCAACGCUUUCGACACGGCCACUGAGGCGACGAUGCAGAGGUUCUUGUUCCCCAGCUUCCUGUGGCGCAUCAAGAAGGCGCUCGGCAUCGGCAGCGAGCAGAGCCUCCGCGAGAGCCUCGCGGUGGUGGACCAUUACAUGACGGAGGCCAUUGCGGCGCGCAAGGCGACGCCGUCCGACGACCUGCUCUCCAGGUUCAUGAAGAAGCGCGACGGAAACGGCAGGGCGUUCCCGGAGGACGUGCUCCAGUGGAUCGCGCUUAACUUCGUGCUCGCCGGGCGCGACACGUCGUCCGUCGCGCUCAGCUGGUUCUUCUGGAUGCUCAUGCAACGGCGCGAAGUCGAGCGCAAGGUGGUUCUGGAGAUCGCCUCCGUGCUCAGGCAGACACGGGGCGACGACACUGGGAGGUGGACGGAGGAGCCACUGGACUUCGACGAGCUGGAUCGCCUCGUUUACCUGAAGGCGGCAUUGGCGGAGACGCUACGGCUGUACCCGUCGGUGCCGCAGGACUCCAAGUACGUCGUGGCGGACGACGUGUUGCCAAACGGCACCGUAGUUCCUGCCGGCUCGGCGAUCACCUACUCCAUCUACUCUGUUGGAAGGAUGGAGAGCAUUUGGGGGAAGGACUGCGCGGAUUUCCGGCCUGAGCGGUGGCUGUCGGCUGACGGGACGCGAUUCGAGCCGGCCAAGGACGCGUACCGAUUCGUGGCGUUCAACGGCGGGCCGAGGACUUGCCUCGGCAAGGACCUGGCCUACCUGCAGAUGAAGUCCAUCGCGUCGGCCGUGCUGCUGCGCCACUCAGUUGAGCUCGUCCCGGGGCACAAGGUGGAGCAGAAGAUGUCACUCACGCUGUUCAUGAAGAAUGGUCUCCGCGUGUACGUCAAGCCGCGGGACCUUGCCGGCUACGUUGCGCCACCGAACGAGGCACCGCAUCAGGGAGCCGUCGUGAUCCCGACCACCACCGCAGCAGCUGCAUAGCCUUGCAUUGCAUGUGCCCACGCACAUUGGCUUCUCAUGCCUGCUGCCUGCUGAAGUUGUUCUGCCUGUCAAAGUCACAUCGUUUUCACCUACUUUCCCCUGCAUUAGAUUGUUAGGUUUGUUCGCACCAGGUUUCAUAUGGUUGUACUUGUGUACGUUUGCGUGCAUCGGUUUGUGUACUUUUGUUGAGGUCUGCUGAAUCGACCAAACUGGAGCUUUUACUUUACACAUACGAACGAAUGUCAAUACAGAUAUUUUUAAAAGUUCUGUAUGGCGGGACCUGUAUUCUCAGCAACAGCAAGGCCGGCGAGUUCUCGUUUUAAACCAGAUUUGAUUAAAAA